GAAGCGAAGAAGACGCAGAGCGGAUGUUGUCAUGGCGUGUCGCAUUUAAAGCAGCUAACAGUUAGCUUCAUUGAAUUAAACUCAGACUGUUUUCAGGAGGUUUGAAGAUUGAAAUCAUUUGAAGACUCAAAGGACCAAAAACAACAUGAGCACUCAGUACAGCAUUCUGUUCAAACAAGAACACGCCCACGAUGACGCCAUCUGGACGGCGGCGUGGGGGAAAAGUGAGGCGGACGGCUCAGAAACCAUCGUCACCGGUUCACUGGAUGAUAUGGUGAAGGUCUGGAAAUGGUGUGAUGAGAAGCUGGAGCUGCAGUGGACUCUGGAGGGUCACCAGUUGGGCGUGGUGUCGGUGGACAUCAGUCACAACGGAGCCAUCGCUGCCUCCAGCUCUCUGGACGCUCACAUCAGACUCUGGGACCUGGAGUCUGGGAAACAGAUCAAGUCCAUGGACGCCGGACCAGUGGACGCCUGGUCGGUGGCGUUCUCUCCAGACUCUAAGUACAUCGCUACAGGAAGUCACCUGGGGAAGGUGAACAUCUUCGGAGUGGAGAGCGGAAAGAAGGAAUAUUCUCUGGACACCAGAGGGAAAUUCAUCCUGAGUAUCGCUUACAGUCCAGAUGGUAAAUAUCUGGCGAGCGGCGCCAUCGAUGGAAUCAUCAACAUCUUCGACAUCGCCACGGGGAAACUGCUGCACACACUGGAAGGUCACGCCAUGCCCAUCAGGUCUCUGACCUUCUCUCCAGACUCUCAGCUGCUGGUCACAGCGUCAGACGACGGAUACAUUAAAAUCUACGACGUGCAACACGCCAACCUGGCGGGCACGCUGAGCGGACACGGCUCCUGGGUCCUAAACGUCGCCUUCUCUCCCGACGACACGCACUUCGUCUCCAGUUCGUCUGAUAAGAGUGUGAAGGUUUGGGACGCCAGCUCCAGAGCCUGCAUCAACACCUUCUUCGACCACCAGGACCAGGUGUGGAGUGUAAAAUACAACAGUAACGGAUCAAAGAUCAUCUCAGCUGGAGACGACCGAGCGAUCCACAUCUACGACUGUCCGGUCUGACCAGAGAGAGAGAGAACGAGAGAUGAAUCAGAGCUGCACGUGUGAAUAAAAUGUUUCU